AUGUCUACUGAUCGCACCCCCAAGUAUCGGCAGGAGAUCCAGCAGCCUGGACUUCCAAGUGAUGAGGAUGCCACUCUUCCAGCCUACAGUGACUGUGGGGAAGAAGACAUGAUCAUAGACUGGGAUUCAUUGUAUCGCGAGGGUUAUAUCAAGUUUGACAAGCAUAUUUUGGCAGCUGCAGCAAGGGAAGCUGGGAAUGUGGAAGACACCCAGAAAUUUGGAGAAGAAAGCGUCGACGCACACGAGGAGACAGAUGAAAGGUUCAGAGCCAGACUUACUAACCUAUUGCGGCAGAUGAUGUUCGUCUCUGGAGAGACUGCCGAACCGUCUGUCGAAACCACUACCCUGAUCGAAGAGAUUGUGCGCCAGCAGGUUGUUGAAAUUCUUGUCCGCAGCACUGCACUGGCCACCCGCAGAGGAGUCAGGUCCAUUUCAACUGACGAUUUGAUCUUCCUGAUUCGUCACGACAAAGCCAAAGUUUCUCGUCUUAAGACCUUCCUUUCUUGGAAAGAUGUCCGCAAGAAUGUCAAAGACUCUGAUGAUAAAGGCGGUGGUGCCGAUGCCGCCGAUUUUGCUGGUGCUGAUGACCCAAUCGCUGGAGGUGUCGUCGCUGGCCCCCAGGAUGUCGCUUCCAAACCUAAGAACAAGAGGGCCCGAGUUGGUCUUGCCUGGGAUGUGAACAGCUUCUAUUCUAUGCAGGUGCCCGAGAGAGAGGACGAGGAAGAUGAAGAAGAGGAAGAACAGAACUAUGCCACUCUCCAGCGUCUGGCUGCUGCAGACGAGCGUACCAAGAACAUGACUAAGGAGGAAUAUGUGUUCUGGUCUGAAUGUCGCCAGGCCUCGUUCACCUACCGCAAGAGCAAGCGUUUCAGGGAGUGGGCCGGAUUUGGCAUCGUGACCGAGUCCAAGCCAAAUGAUGAUAUUGUCGAUAUUCUUGGGUUCCUUACCUUCGAGAUUGUCCAGACAUUGACGGAAGAGGCUCUCAAGGUUAAAGAGCGCGAGGACCGCGAGAAGAACCGUCGCGGAGGAGCAGAGAAUGGAACUGGCGAAAACACCAAGAAGCGUAAGCGCGAAACCGGACUUUUUGACCCCCCUGAGGAGGGCCGUACUCCUGUGGAACCAAGACAUAUCCGCGAGGCGUAUCGCAAGCUCCAGGCUACUCCAAACAAGCAAAUUGCGAUGCUUCUCCACAAUGGACGCAUGCCCCCUCGUAUGCCAUUGAGACUGAUUUAA